UACGCACUCGGCGCAGGAGCGCACUUUGCAGAGGCACAGGAGGGACUACUGAACUUUCAAUUUCGAUUUACAGAAGAGGUGAAGUCCGUCUGAUAAAUAACAGAAGCUCGAUUUGAAUCAAAUUACUUAAAUACAUUUAUACGCAGUAAAAAGGAAAUAAGAGUUACAUGAAAGCUGUUGGACUCGACUAAACUUUUCAGUUUACGUUUGGCGUCGUCGAUACUUCAUCAGAUCGGUCAAGUGAGGCUCCAGGACAGAACACAACAUGUUGGGAGAAACCGGGCCAGAAUGGUUGUCAGAGGAGGUUAAAACUGGUACCACCAUCAUUGCCAUAGAAUAUAAUGGGGGAGUUGUGCUGGGGUCUGAUUCCAGAGUAUCAGCAGGAGCAUCAGUGGUGAACAGAGUAAUGAACAAACUGUCUCCCCUCCAUGACAAGAUCUACUGUGCUCUGUCAGGCUCUGCAGCAGAUGCUCAGACCAUUGCAGAGAUUGUCAACUACCAGCUGGAUGUUCACAGUAUUGAGAUCGGUGAAGAUCCUCAGGUUCGCUCAGCUGCCACCCUGGUGCGGAACAUCUCAUACAAGUACAAGGAGGAGCUUUCAGCACAUCUCAUUGUGGCCGGCUGGGACAGGAGAGAAGGAGGGCAGGUGUUUGCAACCCUAAAUGGUCUCCUGACCAGGCAGCCAUUUGCUGUUGGUGGUUCUGGAAGUUCAUAUGUGUAUGGGUUUGUUGAUGCUGAAUAUCGUAAAGGCAUGAGCAAGGAGGAGUGCCAGCAGUUUGUUGCCAACACCCUGUCUUUGGCGAUGAGCCGUGAUGGUUCCAGUGGCGGAGUGGCCUACAUUGUCACCAUAGAUGAACAGAGCACAGAGGAGAAAGUCAUUCUGGGAAAUGAUUUACCCACUUUUUUUGAUCAGUGAUCAGUAUACUGUUGUCUUUACUCUGUCAAGUCACUGUUGUGCAGAACACACUCAGCUAGUUCAUUCAACUGACAGUAACCAAAACCUUAAGAAGUGUUUAGACACUAAAAACAUCAGUUAGAAUAUUUUAACCAAUACUUUCAAUAAAAAUAUCACAUUAUAUUUCAUAAAGCUGUCUCAAAUGUAAAGUCUAUUUGUGUCAUUUAAAAGUUGAUAAACCUCUGAGAUAUUAAGACAUAGCAGAUACCUGUUAAUAACAUUUCACUCUUCUUAACAUGAUGAUGGGCCGAGCUAACUAAAUAUCCACUGUCACUGAACUACAUGAUGGGAAAAAAAUAAACAGUUCAGCUCAUUAUCGUCAAAUCUUUCCAUGGCAGAUUGAUCAAUAAAAUUCUGAUACCCUAA